AUGAGUUCAAUCCCCCCUGGGGUCAGGCAAUUUUGCGCGCAUACACUCAGCGUCCCGGCCCCCGCACUUGCCCAGCGGCGUGCCAAGCACCCUGGCGCAUCGACAGUGCUCACAGUGCCCAAGCUGCACUUGCCCAAGCGACCUGAUCAACAUGCCCAGUUGCCUCACAAGCCGCACCCACUGCCACAAGCUCUUCAGCUUCGCGCACAGGGGGGUGUUGAACUUCGCUCCAUCUCACUUCUAGGACAAUAUGCGCUCACUGAAGUAGAGGUGCCUCGCCUUUUGGUGCAGUGGUAUAUUGUUCCUUCAUACGAGGCGCCCCUGUCGAGCUGAGAGUGGACUCUUCACAAUACCCCCUUGCCGACAAAUAUCGCAGCCAGUGGGCGGAACACUCAGCUAAGUACACUCGUGGUCGAUUCUGGGUUUCGGGUCCGAUCGAUUCUGCGGCUCCGGUCUUUGCCAUUCCGAAGAAGAACUCCCAGACGGCUCGUUUCGUGAUCGACCUCCGCGCGCGCAACAGCAACACCGUCAAGCGUUUUUCGCCCAUCCCGGACAUGACCAAUGUUCGAUACGAGGUGGCUCGAUCGCAUUAUCGCUCUAAAUUCGACGUGGCCGCGGCAUUUGAGCAGGUUCGGGUCAUACCGGAGCACGUUGAUCGCACCGGCUUCGCAACGGUGACGGGCACGUACACGUCGCGGGUCAUGCAGUUUGGUGACACCAAUGCGCCCAAUACCCUCAACCUCUUGACCUCGGCGAUGUUCCAGCCGUGUCUCCCGUUCGCCAAGAUCUUUUUCGACGAUGUCCACGUCCAUUCCGAUACCCGUCGUGCGCACUUGAGACACAUCAAGAUCCUGCUGAUGACAUUGAGACAUUACCGGUUCUACUUAGGAUCCAAGAAGUCCGAGUGGUUCUCAAAGUCGUUGGACUCCUUGGGCACCAUCAUUUCUGACGUCAGCAUCGAAGUCGACCCCGCCAAGUGGGUGCGUAUCCGUCAGUGGCCGAUCCCUUGCAACAAGACCGAUGUCCAGCGCUUCCUCGGCACCGUCAACUGGAUGCGAGAUCACCUACCGCACCUCUCAAAGAUUUUGGAGCCGAUCACCGCGUUAAUGGCGCAAGCGACGUCAUGGCGUUGGAACGAGCGAGAACAGCAGGCUUUCGAUACCGUCAAGUCCCUUGUGCCCGCCAUCCUACGACCGAUCGAUGGCGCCAAGGUUACCUCGGGCGAGCACAAGAUGUACCUCUUCACGGAUGCCAGUCGGGUUGGCAUUGGCGCUUGUUUGGCGUCCGGGCCCAACCGUUCGCAGGCCGUUCCAACGCGAUUCUUUUCCGCUAAGUUCAACGGUGCUCAGCUCAACUAUCAUGUCACUGAUAAAGAGUUCUUGGCUGUCGUCUCGGCGUGUCGGGCGUUCGAGCAGCACUUGAUCGGUUACCCCUUCGUCAUCGUCACCGACCAUCAGGCCCUUCGCACGAUAAAAACCCAAAAACUGCGCCAAACGCCUCGGCACAUCCGCAUGUGUCUCGAACUCAGCCGUUUCGACUUCGAAUUUGAAUUCAUUGCUGGCAAGAACAACACCCUGGCCGAUUCGUUGUCGCGUCUGUGGGAGGUCAAGCAGGGUUCACACGAGGAUCAGGUCAAGGAGAAUGAGUUGGAGGACAUGUUCUUUGAUGGAGAACGCCACGAAUUCACUACACCCGGUGAGAGCCUCCCUGAGGAACGUCCUUGCACUUCACCAUCUCCCGAUCGGUUGCCUCCUGUUGAUUUUGCCCUCGGGCCCCAACACGACGAUUGCGAGGCAGGCUCUCCCGGAUACUACGCGCUCAAGGAGGAAUCGCAAGACGAGGACGUGAAUGGACAGGAAUUAGGGAAUUUGUUCUUGAAGGAAGAAUGCCACGAGUUCAUUACGCCCGGUGAGAGCCUCCUCGAGGAACGUCCUUACACCUCACCUUCGCACGAUCGGUUGCCCCCUGUUGAUUGCGCCUUCGGGCCCUGGGGUCACGGUUACGACGCAGGCUCUCCCGGUUCCCCUCAUCUGGCCGAGAACAUUAUGGACGCCGUCGAUUGGUCUAUCGGCCGCCUCUCUCCUCCCAUCGCUGUCAAUCGAGUUCACGCUAUUGCUACGGCCCCUGCCAACGACCCGCCCAUUCCGGUCGAUGCCGACGCCGACGAACUCGAUUUGUUGGGAGUUGCCACCGAUGAUGUCAACGACACCCCUGUAGUCCAUCGGCCGCCUGAUCCACUGCCCCAACCCUUCCUCGACACCGUCAUCCGAGCAUACGCCAACGAUUCGCAAGCCCAGGUCAUCAUUACCGACCCGCUAUCAUGGCCUAUGUUUCGGGUGACCGAGGAAGGGAGGAUUUUGCGUGUACAUCCAGAUGAGUCUAUUUCCUUGUUUGUGCCUCGUGGUCUCGCUACUGGCGUCGUCAACUCCGACAAGGUCCCAUCGCUGCGCGAGCUCGUGCUUUCGGAGAUUCAUCGGAGUGUCGGGCAUGCAGGACAUCGCAUCACCUUGGCCGCCAUCCGUCCUUUGUACUGGUGGUCGUCCAUGUCUGCCGAUUGCGCCGAGUUCUGCCGUUCAUGUGAAGACUGUACCCGAGGCAAGGCGUCCACUCAAGUCCCCUAUGGCCGACUGCAUCCGAUGCCGAUCCCUUCUGGUCCUUGGGAACAAGUGGCCAUCGACUUCAUGACAGGACUGCCUCCGGUCGAGCUCGAAGGGAUGAUGGUUGCUCAAAUCAUGGUGGUCACUGACACUUGGGGCAAGAUGGUCCACCUGAUUCCCCUCCCAGCCGAUGCCGACUCGGAGCUCGUUGCCGAGAAGUACUACGCCACCGUCUUCCGACUGCAUGGGAUGCCUUCCGCCAUCGUUUCCGACCGUGAUCCCAAGUUCACCUCGCAGUUUUGGCGGGCAUUGCAGGCAAAGAUUGGCACCGUCUUGCGAAUGUCAACCGCGGCACACCCGGAGACGGACGGAUCGAGCGAGAAUCGGAUCAAGAUGGUCACCCAAACCCUGCGGAUCAUGGUCUCGUCAAACCACGAGGCUUGGGCAUCUCGUCUUGUUGAAGCUGAGUUCGCUCUUAACUCUUCUGUUGCUGUGUCCACGUCGCUGUCGGCUUUUGAGGCAACCUACGGCUACCUUCCUCGAUGCUGGCCCUCGGAUUCCUGGUCUGUCUCGGACGUCCCUCGUGCGGAAGCGUUUGCUCGGAUCCGACAAUUACGGAACCUCGACGUGACGGAUGCGAUCAUUGGAGCACGCCUCAACCAGUCCCAUCAGGCCAACAAGCAUCGACGCCCAGACGACCCCGCCUUUCGGACCGGCAGUUACGUCUAUCUUUCGACAAAGAACCUGGCAGUUCCUGACGGCAUGAAGUCGAAGUUGUUGCCGCGCUACAUCGGCCCCUUCCGUAUCCGAGCGGCCAUCCCUGCGACGUCCAGCUACGACCUCGAGCUCCCUCCAGCGAUGUCGCGAGUGCACAAUUGUUUCCAUGCUCGACUGCUUCGGCCUUGCGUUGAGAAUGAUGCUGAAAGGUUUCCUGGGCGUGACCCCGCAGUUCUUUUUGUCGAAGACGUAGCCGACGCGGCCGACAAUUCUGCGAUUCCGGAACGGAUUGUUCGCGAUCGGCGGAACGCUCGGGGCGCUCGUUCGUUCUUGGUUCGAUGGGUAGGCCGUAACGACACCGACGAUACUUGGAUGUCAGAGCAGUCCAUUCGCCUUGACCAUCCGUCCGUCCUCGACGCCUACCUCGCGCGCCUCGAUCGCUCGAACCGCCGCCUCGCCGCACGGUAG